AUGGAUGAUUUUGUUAAAAGAAAAUUAACUGAAUGGCGUCUCAGCGAUUGGAUAGAAAAUUUUCAAGAUCAAGGUAUUGAUGAGGAAAGUUUUUACCUUCUUGAUAAAGAUGACAUCAAAGACUUGAUCACGAAAGUUGGACCAAGGGCAAAAUUCAAGAAGAGACUCAAGUCUCUGAAGGGGGAGAAAAAUGCAACAAAUCAGGAACAUGAAGAAACUGCUGAUUCUGCUCAGGUUUUGGCCAACAGUAACACAAGAGAUAAAGGAAAAAGAAAGUCUGAGCCUCAGGGGGAGUCCAGCGGAUGUCUAUCACCAACUAAGAAACGACGACGGGACUCCACAUAUUCAGAAAAAGUCAUGCUGUCUGAAGUGAGAAACAUCAUGGAAUGUGUUCAUGACAAAAUACUACACAGAGAAAAAACAAAGCUCAAUGCUUUUCUAGAGGAAAGAAUCUGUGAUUUGGAGACAGAAAAAAGGGAGCUGGUUGGUGUCUUUGGAAGAACAGGGGCUGGAAAAAGCUCUCUAAUAAAUGCUGUCGUCGGAGAGAAGGAUCUCUUGCCCUCAGGAAGUGUCAGUGCUUGUACAACAGUCAUCAUUAAGGUGGAGGCUAACAAGCAGAACCAGAACUAUGAGGCAGAGAUUGAAUUCAUCACAAAAGAGGAAUUGAAGCAGGAGUUGUGGUACUUGUCAACAUUCAUCCUGAAUGAUGAAGACUGCAAAGAUGAAGAUGCCGAUGAUUACAAUGACGCUGUUGAAAUGCUGUCAGCGCUGUAUGGAGAAGAACGGAGAAAAAACCCUUCUGUGGAACAUCUCAUGAACGACAAACAUUUCAGAGAAAUCCCAGAAUUUAUUGUUUCUAAGAAGAAAACCUUGACCUGUGGAUCAGCUAAAGAGCUGUCUGCAGAACUUGUCAAAUACACAAGAAGCAGCUCAAAGUACGGAAUGGCUAAAGGCAUAAAGAAAUGGUUUUGGCCCGUGGUGAAGUGUGUGACAAUCAGGGUGCCAAAUAAUGACCUUCUUCAGAAUGUCACACUUGUGGAUCUACCUGGAAAUGGGGACCGCAACAAGGGAAGAGAUAAAAUGUGGAAAGGGGUGGUUCAAAGCUGUUCCACUGUGUGGAUCGUGACGGACAUUAACAGAGCAGCAUCAGAGAAAGAGCCAUGGGAGAUUCUGAAAAGUGCCAGCAGCCUUAUUGGAAAUGGUGGCCAAUGUCAGCACAUUCACUUCAUCUGCACCAAGUCUGAUGUUAUCGAAGAUUCUGAUGAUUCUUCAGUAGCUGGUGUUCGUGCUGCCAUAUUUAAGAGGAACAUGCGAGCCAAGGAGGAAGUGAGGAGAGAAUUCAGGAAACUAAAGGGGGUUCAGACACAUUUCAGUGAUGACUGUUUCAAAGUGUUCACAGUGAGCUCCAAAGAGUUCCUUAAGAAAAAAAGGCUAGGACCAGAUGAAACUGAAGUCCCCAAACUUCAGGAGUUUCUGUAUGAACUGAAUGACUUUCACUCAGUCACACUGAAGUAUGUGUCAGGAGCGUAUGGGAUUCUUUCUCUUAUUCAAGGGGCCAGCUGUGGAGAAGUGGCUGGCGUAAAAGCUAAUGUGUGCAAAGACCUUGAAGAAAACUUGAAAUGUGCAUUAGAUAAAGUCUUUGAGCCCAUGAUAAAGUCCUAUAGGGCUUUUAACAAGUGCCUCAUGGAGGGUGUUGAAAAAUCCAAUAGUUCAAGGGAAAGUGACUUGAAGUCCUUCUUAUAUCCCAAAAGAAUGAAAGGAAGUGCUUUAUACGGGAGAUUGAAGUGCAUAGUCGCAAACAAUGGCGUCUACAAACCAAAAAAAGGGAAACAACAAAACCUAAAUGAGCGAUUAGCUUCAAAGCUGAUGGAGAGCAUUGAUGAGGAAUUUAGAAAGACUUUCCCAAAUGAAUCAAAAUGUGAACCAUUCAACGGGGCCAUCAGUUCCUUUUCACUCGUCACAGGGACUCUGGUUGAAAAGUACAAAAAGUACAAAGGUGUGCAGCUGCAACUGGAAUUUCUCAGGACAGAGGAAGAAAAAAUUAAGGCAAAACUCGACAAAACCAUCCGGGAGCGAAAGAAAGAAAUCUACAGCAGCCUGACGACUUCAAUCGAGGAAAACAUGCAGAAGUGCUAUGAAGAUGCACAACAAUGUAAAGGCAAAGGCUCCUUGAAUGCCAUGAGGGACAUCAUUGAGCAGCAUGUUCGUGCCAAGGUCGACAUGUUCGAGGAGUCUAAAACUGUGAUGAUGUUAAAUGUGGCAGAACUAGUGGAGGUCAUCCAGAAGAUACUGAUGGAAACACUUCUGAGGUCAAUGAACCUAUCACUCAAUACAGAUGAUCAAUCAGUUCCAGAUGUCAAAGAGGAGCUUGAGACCGUGACAAAAAAAUACAAAGCACUGAAGAAAAACACACAUGAAGGAACAUCACCAGUCAGUGCUGAUCAACCCGGCCCGUCAUCUGCACAGGUAAGUUUAAGUAAAAAAACAGCUGAGGCCUGUUUAACCACUGAGGAUCCCACAGGGAACAUUGAAAAGUCAAAUGAGGCUUCUGGAUAUCAAUCAAUCAAUCAAUCAAGCUUUAUUCAUAUAGCAUCUUUCAUACAAAUUCAAAGUGCUUUACAGCGACUGAAAAACAAGAAUAAACAUAAAAUAGUGACAAAACAGGGUAGAAAUAAAAAUGGAUUUAGGAGUAGAGAAGUAGAGACUAAUGCACACCAAUAGGAAUAAAAGAAAGUUAAGUUAAAACUGAAAAGAUUAACAAAAAUAUAGUUGAGAUAAUAAGAGGGUAAAGAUUGCCUUAAAGACAAUUAAAAUAAUUUUAAAAUGAAUAUGAAACCUCACAGGUAGCCUGUGUAAAGAUUUUAAAAUUGGUGUGCUCUCCUUCGGGUCUUUGUUAGCACUCGUGCUGCCGCGUUUUGAAUUAACUGCAGCUGAUUUACUUUAUUCUUUGGUAGACCAGAAAUGAGAGCAUUACUUCUAGUUAUGAAAUCAGUAUUGCUCAGAGAGAGAAACUGCCUCACUUUGGAAAUGUUCUUUAAAUGAUAAAAUGCUGUUUUUGUGAUGGAGUGUACAUGUGGCUUUAAAUUAAAAUCAGAAUCAAAUAAA